AUGCGUCUGAGUAAUGAUCAACUCGGAGAUUUCCACCCCCCGCGGGAGCUGAUGCUUUUCACUGUUAUGGAGGAGGAGGAAGAGGAGGAGAGGGAGGGGGGAAGGAGGGGGGCUGUCUUGUGCGUCAUUUGCUGUAGCCAGGCACCAGACAGAGCCCGGGAAAAAAAAACCUCCAGCAGCAUCUCGUACAGCUCCUCUAUUAUGGAAACGUUCUCAGCAGGACUGACAUCUGCAUGGCAGCAGGAAGACAAAAAGGAGGUUAACUCUCGCCCUUAACACUAAACUCAUCAUGCCCAGCAGAACACAUUCAUCUGAACCUCAGCUUUAACAGGACAGAGGAUGGCAGGAAGUGUAAGGAGAAGCGCAGGGUUAGGGACAAAGUUAUGUCUGAGGCUGUUUGCGGCUGCCCUGUUGCUGCAAGCUGAACUGGGCUGGCUUGGUUUAAAAGACCAGGUUGGGGUCAGUGCCCAGAACAGCGAGAGGAGAGUAUUGGCACACAUCCCCGGUGACAUCAUCAUAGGAGCUCUGUUCUCUGUCCACCACCAACCACCUGCAGACAAGGUUCACGAACGAAAGUGUGGUGCUGUGCGCGAGCAGUAUGGCAUCCAGAGAGUGGAAGCGAUGAUGCACACGUUGGAUCGGAUUAAUGCAGACAGCACCAUCCUUCCCAACAUCACGCUGGGCUGUGAGAUCAGGGACUCCUGCUGGCACUCGGCCGUGGCACUGGAGCAGAGUAUUGAAUUUAUUCGGGACACACUGGUUUCCAGUGAUGAGGAGGAGAGUCAGGGCAGAUGCACUGCAGAGGGAGGCACCAUGGUGCUUCAGGGGAAAAAACCCAUCGUGGGACUGAUAGGACCAGGGUCCAGUUCUGUGGCCAUCCAAGUGCAAAAUCUUCUCCAACUCUUUAACAUCCCUCAGAUAGCAUACUCAGCCACCAGCAUGGAUCUGAGUGACAAGAGCUUGUUUAAAUACUUUAUGAGGGUGGUGCCAUCAGACAUGCAACAGGCCAGAGCCAUGGUGGAUAUUAUCAAGAGGUACAACUGGAGCUAUGUGUCUGCUAUUCACACCGAGGGUAAUUAUGGAGAGAGCGGCAUGGAGGCGUUUAAAGACAUGGCAGCGAAAGAAGGGAUCUGCAUUGCCCACUCAGAUAAGAUAUACAGCAAUGCUGGGGAACAGGGCUUUGACAAACUAUUGCAAAAACUCAGAGGCCAUUUGCCCAAAGCGAGAGUGGUGGCCUGCUUCUGUGAGGGAAUGACUGUCCGAGGCAUUCUGAUGGCCAUGAGACGACAGCGCCUGGUGGGAGAAUUUCUUCUGGUUGGAAGUGAUGGCUGGGCAGACAGGUAUGACGUGACUGAUGGCUAUCAGAGGGAAGCAGCGGGUGGAAUCACCAUAAAACUUAAGUCAGCAUACGUGACCUGGUUUGAUGAUUACUACCUUAACCUCAAGCCUGAUGCCAACCUGAGGAACCCCUGGUUUCCUGAGUUUUGGCAGCACCGGUUCCAGUGCAGGCUGAGAGGACACCCGCAGGAGAGCACUCUGUACAAUCGCACUUGCACAUGGAGAGAAUCUCUGCGCCACCAAUAUGCCCAAGACACCAAAAUGGGAUUUGUCAUAAAUGCGAUUUAUUCCAUGGCUUAUGGCCUUCAUACCAUGCAGCAAUCCCUGUGUCCAGGGUAUAAGGGUUUGUGUGAGAACAUGAGGCCUAUUGAUGGCCGCAAGCUGUUGGAUUUCUUGAUGAAAACCAACUUCACUGGCGUAUCUGGAGAGGUCAUCCACUUUGACGAGAACGGAGAUUCCCCUGGCAGGUAUGAAAUCAUGAACUUCAAAGAGACCGGGGAGGAUGAAUACGCUUACAUUCAUGUGGGGAGCUGGGAUCAGGGUGGCCUAAAGAUGAACGAUGAGGAAAUCUGGAGCAACAACAGUGAAAUAAUCCAGUCAGUCUGCUCUGAGCCAUGCCAAAAGGCACAGAUCAAGGUGAUCCGCAAAGGAGAAGUGAGUUGUUGCUGGACUUGUACUCCCUGCAAGGAGAAUGAGUUUGUGUUUGAUGAGUACACUUGUCGAGCCUGUCUCCUGGGCUACUGGCCCACAAAUGACCUCACUGGUUGUGAGCCAAUUCAAGUCCAAUACGUGCGUUGGGGGGAUCCAGAACCUAUCGCUGCUGUAGUCUUCUCCUGUUUGGGCCUCAUGGCAACACUUUUUGUCACUUCUGUCUUUAUCAAAUUUUGGGACACUCCUGUGGUGAAGUCAUCUAGCCGUGAGCUCUGCUACAUCAUCCUCGCUGGAAUCUGCUUGGGCUACUUGUGCACUUUCAGUCUCAUUGCCAAACCACACAUUGUUUAUUGCUACCUCCAGCGACUGGGGAUUGGCCUGUCCCCUGCCAUGAGCUACUCUGCCCUCGUCACCAAGACCAACCGUAUAGCUCGGAUCCUGGCAGGCAGCAAGAAGAAGAUCUGUACCAAGAAACCUCGCUUUAUGUCCGCCUGCGCACAAUUGGUCAUCGCCUUCCUACUCAUUCUGCUGCAGCUGGGAAUUAUCGUGGCGCUGCUCAUCAUAGAGCCACCGCAGGUGAUCUAUGAUUAUCCCAGCAUACGCGAGGUACAUCUGAUCUGCAAUCUGACCACCUUGGGAGUAGUGGCACCUCUGGGCUACAAUGGCUUGCUUAUUCUCAGCUGCACUUUUUACGCCUUUAAGACUCGUAAUGUUCCAGCUAAUUUUAACGAGGCCAAGUACAUCGCAUUCACCAUGUACACCACCUGUAUCAUCUGGCUCGCCUUUGUUCCCAUUUACUUUGGCUCCAACUACAAGAUCAUAACCAUGUGCUUUAGUGUCAGCCUGAGUGCCACUGUGGCUCUCUGCUGCAUGUUUGUUCCAAAGGUGUACAUCAUGCUUGCCAAGCCAGAGAAGAAUGUCCGCAGUGCUUUCACUACGUCCACAGUAGUGCGCAUGCACGUAGGCGAUGCGAAGAAAGCGGCUAAGUCUGGAAAAUCUACAAGCAGUAUGGCCAACCUGUUUCGACGUCGUGGAUCUACGCAGGACAACAUAAGCUCAAAUGGGAAAUCAGUAACGUGGGGACAGAACGAGCGAGGCUACAGGCCGAAUUUGUGGAAGAGGAUGUCAUUCCAUGUCAAGAAAAAGGACCCCGUUGAGGUUAAUCAGACAGCUAUCAUCAAGCCCUUCUCAAAAGAAGGGGACGCGCCUGUAGACAGUGGCACGAAAGAGCAGUAUGAGGAGCCACAGGUGUCUCAGUCUUUCACCUGCCCCCCCCCGCAGUCACCUCUGCCCGCCAUCAGCCAUCAUGCAGCGAAGCAAAGGGGUCCCCACAGGGGCAAGAAUGGCGAGGAGGCUCAGGUUCUCCCCACAUACGUCCCUGAGCCCCCCGCUGGGGUCCGGCGCCGAGGCGGGGACAGCGGCCAGGGCGCUGACAUGGCAGACGGGGGCGACAUAAGUAUCAUAAGCGUGGGUGACAUCGGCCAAACUCAGGGCGCGACCAUCAUGGACCAAAUAACCUGCGUGGUCAGCCGUUUCACCGCGAACAUCAGCGAGCUGAACACCAUGAUGCUGCCGGGAGGAGCCACCGUCACCCCCCCCUCACCCACCGCUCUGCCCGCCGUUGCAGACAUCCCCCCAGGUCCACCUCAGUACCUCGCCCCCAGGGCCAAACAGGCCCCCUCCACCGUCACCACACACGCCGAGGUGAUGGCCGUCUCCAAUUUCUGCGAUAAUCGACCCGCAAGUAAGAUUUACGAGCACUUAUCGGGGACGUGCGGGGGCGGCAGGCGAGCCAAGGAUGCAGAGGAGCUUAUGGCCCUGACACCGCCGUCCCCGUUUAGAGACUCAUCUCUGAGCUCCAACGGAAGCUCCCCCCCCUCCCUGUCCCCGGCUUCUGAGGCCGAAUAUGACCAGCUGCUGCUGAAACACUACAGCCAAAGCUCCUCCUCCCUCUAAAGCCACUGCCCAGUCAGCGUUCAUCAUUUACUCGGAGUAUCUUAAAAUUCUUAAGACAAAAGCUUCAGCCUGGACCAAAUUCUUUGAUGCCUUUCUACAUUGAUAGACGUUAAAGGGCUCUUUGUGCAAAUGUGCUGAAGAUGGGACUGAACGCACCCACACAUGCCCUGAUUUUAGGGGAAUGAAAGAAGAAUGCCACUAAGAGGAUUUGUUCCACAACCGCAAAAAACUGCAAAAAAUUAAAUGUAAAAGGAAAAUAGGGAAAUGUCACUGCUUUUGUCAGUGACUGAUUGUUAAUUCUGGCACUGAAACAAACAUGUGGGCAUUUUAAGGACUUUCUAACCCAGUUUCAACUCCAAAGACAACACUGAUAAGAUGAAAGGAAAAACCGUAAGGUGCAUUUAAAUCUAAUUUAAUUUCACCAUAGCAUCAUCCUCAGCCAUAAAUGACAGGAUUUGCAAAAAUAUUUUUGUUUAGUGUUAGGAUGAUUUCAAAAUAGAAAACUGAUUUUAAUAUAACCUGUUCCUCUGGGAAGUUAAGACAACAGAAUUCACUAUAGGAUGGACUUCAGUUGUACAUUUUUUCUAAAUAUUAAUUUAUUAAUUUUUCUUAUCAUCACUGCUUGCAUUUGAACAUUUGUUCAUCAUAUGUUGUUUUUUAAGUCCCAAAGUGUAAGAAUUGUUUUCCUAAUCUGGAUGCAGAUUGUAUCAAUCUCAAAGCAUGUCUCCAGAUUUUUUUUUCAUCAACCCUGACCGUCAUUAGGGGACUAAAGUAUUGAUACUUCAAAAAGAGAGCAUAACCUCUGCAGAUAUGGCUGAAUUAUUUUGUGUGCAGUGAGCUCAUCCGUCUCUGGGAAAGAAAGCGAGGACUGAAACUUAAUCCUCUUAUCCUAAGAGGACAGGAGCACUUUGCAUCUCCAGGGACUGUAGGAUAUAUCUCAGUGGACACAAUAAUCAGGUGUAUAACCCACAAAGAGCUUACAGACCAGUUGGAUGUCUUAUUCUAUUCUUUUUAUCUAGAUGUGACUUAGCUGAAUGUACAAUAAGGUAUGAUACAUAGUGGACCAAAACAGUCUUUAACCUCAGGAUGCGUCUGAACCAGAAAACGUUCCAACUUGUUCCUCUAUGGACGAGUGCAAUCGUGUUUGGCUCAAAGUAUUUCCAGUUUGCAUGAUGUCAAGAUUUGUUUCCAAUGAAUAACCAUUUAAUAUUGUAAUGUCAAACUUAUAUGAUUGAUAGAGUCCGUAGCAAAGUAAUGAUUUUAAUGGUGAGUUUGAUUUGUUUUGGGGAAGCAAAGUCAAAAUGUGCCAGAUGUUUCCUUACUUGUGCCAGAUGCUUUUUACAUAAAUGUGUGCCAUUUUUAUCCUUUUGCAGUGGAUUGCGUUAUGUUUCUUUGAAAAAGAUCACAAUAAUUAUCGUUCUCGAGCCAGUUUAGAUUUAUAAUAGUUAAGAAUGAAUAUUUGUAUUCACUAGAAAAUCUUUUUGCUUUUGUAAAGGCAUUUUCCCCUCUCUAAGGAUAGAGGCUAGUUGUAGUAUUCCCAGGUUUGCAUCUUUACAACCUAUGCUUUUUUCCUUUUGUAAAUGUUGUUUGUAAUUCAUACAGUGUCAAUGAUAUGUUAAUAUGCCGAAUUCCUUUUUCUUCUUUUUAAUUUUUUUUUUUUUUUUUUUUACAAAUUUUCAAUCUAAAUACAAUAAUAGGACAUAACCAUAUAUGCAUGCAGGAUCGUGCCAACUCAAUAUUUUCAAAUGUAUGUUUUGCUGUGUGCCGCUGCUAUAUUCUCCUCUAAAUGUUUGUUUACCUUUUCAUCUGCCUUUCAUAUAGGCUGAUUUUCCAAUGUAAAUUCAAUAAAGUCCAUUUUAAAUGCAUUGAAUAAGAAGUACAGAGAUGUGGGUAGACUUCAUUAUGAUUAUGUGAUGAUACCUAAAC